UGCUCUAGGAUGCUGCGGCAGGUUCUGCACAGGGGCUUGAGGACGUGUUUCUCCCGGCUUGGCCACUUCAUUGCCAGUCACCCGGUCUUCUUCGCUUCGGCGCCGGUGCUCAUCUCCAUCCUGCUCGGCGCCAGCUUCAGCCGCUACCAGGUGGAAGAGAGCGUGGAGCACCUGCUGGCGCCCCAGCACAGCCUAGCCAAGAUCGAGCGCAACCUAGUCAACAGCCUAUUCCCGGUCAACCGCUCCAAGCACCGGCUCUACUCGGACCUGCAGACCCCUGGGCGCUACGGCCGGGUCAUUGUCACCUCCUACCAGAAAGCCAACAUGCUAGACCAGCAUCACACGGACCUGAUCUUAAAGUUGCACACUGCUGUAACCAAGAUCCAGGUUCCAAGGCCUGGCUUUAACUAUACAUUUGCCCACAUAUGUGUCCUGAAUAAUGAUAAGACUUGCAUUGUGGAUGACAUAGUACACGUCCUGGAAGAGCUAAAGAAUGCUCGGGCCACCAAUCGGACCAAUUUUGCUAUCACAUAUCCGAUCACUCACUUAAAGGAUGGAAGGGCUGUCUAUAAUGGGCACCAACUUGGAGGUGUCACUGUGCACAGCAAGGAUCGGGUGAAAUCUGCGGAGGCCAUUCAGCUCACCUACUAUCUGCAAUCAAUCAACAGUCUCAAUGACAUGGUAGCUGAGAGGUGGGAGUCCAGCUUCUGCGACACUGUCAAAUUAUUCCAGAAAUCCAACAGCAAAGUCAAAAUAUACCCGUACACAUCCUCAUCACUGAGGGAAGAUUUCCAGAAGACCAGCCGUGUGUCAGAACGUUACCUGGUCACCAGUCUGAUCCUUGUAGUCACCAUGGCCAUUCUGUGCUGCUCUAUGCAGGACUGUGUCCGCAGCAAACCCUGGUUAGGCCUACUUGGGUUGGUGACCAUAAGCCUAGCCACUCUCACUGCAGCUGGAAUCAUCAAUCUUACUGGUGGAAAAUACAAUUCCACCUUCCUGGGAGUCCCUUUCGUCAUGCUAGGUCAUGGAUUAUACGGGACUUUUGAAAUGUUAUCCUCGUGGAGAAAAACUAGAGAGGACCAACAUGUUAAAGAGCGAACUGCAGAAGUCUAUGCAGACUCCAUGCUCUCCUUCUCUCUCACCACUGCCAUGUACUUGGUCACCUUUGGCAUAGGGGCCAGCCCUUUCACGAACAUUGAGGCAGCCAGGAUUUUCUGCUGCAAUUCCUGUAUUGCAAUCCUCUUCAACUACCUCUAUGUACUCUCAUUUUACGGUUCCAGCCUUGUGUUCACUGGCUACAUAGAAAACAAUUACCAGCAUAGUAUAUUCUGUAGAAAAGUUCCAAAGCCUGAGGUAUUACAGGAGAAGCCAGCAUGGUAUAGGUUUCUUCUGACAGCUAGAUUCAGUGAGGACACAGCUGAAGGUGAGGAAGCAAACACUUAUGAGAGUCAUUUAUUGGUAUGUUUCCUCAAACGUUAUUACUGUGACUGGAUAACCAACACCUAUGUCAAGCCUUUUGUAGUCCUCUUUUACCUUAUUUAUAUUUCCUUUGCCUUAAUGGGCUAUCUGCAGGUCAGUGAAGGGUCAGACCUUAGUAACAUCGUAGCAACUGCAACACAAACCAUUGAGUACACUACUGCCCACCAAAAGUACUUUAACAACUACAGUCCUGUUAUUGGGUUUUACAUAUAUGAGUCCAUAGAAUAUUGGAACUCUAGUGUCCAAGAAGAUGUUCUAGAGUACACUAAGGGUUUUGUGCGGAUAUCCUGGUUUGAAAGCUAUUUAAAUUAUCUUCGGAAACUCAAUGUGUCCACUGACUUGCCUAAGAAAAAUUUCACAGACAUGUUGAGAAAUUCCUUCCUGAAAGCUCCUCAAUUUUCACAUUUUCAAGAGGACAUCAUCUUCUCUAAAAAAUACAAUGAUGAGGUUGACGUAGUGGCCUCUAGAAUGUUUUUGGUGGCCAAGACUAUGGAAACAAACAGAGAAGAACUUUAUGAUCUCUUGGAGACCCUGAGGAGGCUUUCAGUCACCUCCAAGGUGAAGUUCAUUGUCUUUAAUCCGUCUUUUGUGUACAUGGAUCGAUAUGCCUCCUCUCUGGGAGCCCCCCUGCACAACUCCUGCAUCAGUGCUUUGUUCCUGCUCUUCUUCUCGGCAUUCCUGGUAGCAGAUUCGCUGAUUAAUGUCUGGAUCACUCUAACGGUUGUGUCUGUGGAGUUUGGAGUGAUAGGCUUCAUGACAUUAUGGAAGGUCGAACUGGAUUGUAUUUCUGUGCUAUGCUUAAUUUAUGGAAUUAACUACACAAUUGAUAACUGUGCUCCACUGUUAUCCACAUUUGUCCUAGGCAAGGAUUUUACAAGAACUAAAUGGGUAAAAAAUGCCCUGGAAGUGCAUGGGGUAGCUAUUUUACAGAGUUACCUCUGUUAUAUUGUUGGUCUAUUUCCUCUCGCAGCUGUGCCUUCAAAUCUGACCUGUACACUGUUCAGGUGCUUGUUUUUAAUAGCAUUUGUCACCUUCUUUCACUGCUUUGCCAUUUUACCUGUGAUACUGACUUUCCUGCCACCCUCUAAGAAAAAAAGGAAAGAGAAGAAAAAUCCUGAAAACCGGGAGGAAAUUGAGUGUGUAGAAAUGUUGGAUAUUGACAGUACUCGAGUGGUUGACCAAAUUACCACAGUGUGA